GUCAGACGGGUUGGUUUCACAGUUUACGAGAAUUACGUAACGUAACAAAUUAAGUAACAUUAAUUAAUGAUCCAUUUGGUAAUACACGCAAUAAAUGAGUUUAGAACUAAAUACUAGGACAUUAUAUAAUAAUAAAUACGUUUUUUGUACUUUAGUGUGGUUUGUUAAACAGUGAAUUAGUCCUAGUGCAAAUUGGAGUGAAUAUCUCAAGUGCCAUAAAGAUCUUGUCAUUAAAUGUUGCUAUCUGCUUAUAUCUAUAACGUGAUUUAAAUAUUGUGCAUCAUUAAUACGUGCUUCACAAAGUUGAAAUAUGAUAUUAUAUAAUAUAUUAUUCACAAUUAUGUGUCUGGUCCUGGUUCCAUGUCAAGCAUAUUCACAUAAUAAAGUGAGAGCUCUUCCUGAAGAUUUCCUACUUGGCACUGCAACUGCAUCAUAUCAGAUUGAAGGGGCGUGGAAUGCUGACGGGAAAACGGAAAAUAUCUAUGAUUAUUUAACACACACACAACCAUGCUUCGCUAAAGACUGCACCAAUGGAGAUGUUGCAGCAAAUUCUUAUUAUUUAUAUAAAAGAGACGUUGAAAUGUUAAGGGAACUUGGUGUUGACUUUUACAGGUUCUCACUGUCUUGGACCAGAAUACUUCCAACAAGCUUUCCAGACAAAAUUAAUAAAGCUGGUGUUGAAUAUUACAACAACUUGAUUGACGAACUGUUGAAGUAUAACAUUCAACCUGUAGUCACAAUAUAUCAUUGGGAUCUGCCACAAAAGCUGCAAAAUCUGGGAGGGUGGGCGAAUCCUGAUAUUGUAGACUGGUAUGGAGAUUAUGCGAAAGUCGUAUUUGCUCUGUUCGGAGAUAGAGUUAAGUAUUGGAUAACAAUAAAUGAGCCUUAUCAGAUAUGCCAUUUUGGAUAUGGUGGCACAACAUUAGCACCAGCAUUAAACUAUUCGGGAGAAGCAGACUAUUCAUGCGCAAAGAAUUUACUUUUAGCGCAUGCGCGAGCAUUUCACAUUUACGACAAAGAAUUCAGAAUAACACAAAAUGGUAUAAUAUUCAUUACAAUAAAUGCUGAAUGGUUUGAACCUGAUACUGAAAAUGAUAUAGAAGCAGCAAAUGAUGCAAAUAUGUUUGGGUGGGGCAUAUUUUCACAUCCAAUAUUUUCUCAAUUUGGCGAUUUUCCCGAUGUUGUUAAAAGAAAAGUAGCUGCGAGAAGUGAAAGUCAGGGCCUCUUUAGGUCUCGACUGCCUGAAAUGACGCCAAGUGAAAUAGAAUACAUUCGUGGAAGUGCUGAUAUCUUUGGACUUAAUCAUUAUGCUACGUAUGUAGCUUACCGGAAUCAAUCCACAAUUGAUCAUUAUAGUUCUGUAACAGGACCUUCAUUCGAAGCGGAUGCUGGUUUUGACUUUUACCGACCACGGAAUUGGCAAAUUACAGAAACGAAUGCAGCGAUGUAUUUCCCAUUCGGAUUCUACAAAACUCUUGUACGCAUUAGUGGUGAUUACAACAAUGUGCCAAUUUUCGUAACUGAAAACGGUAUAUCCACUCAGAGUGGAUUGUUGGAUGAUGACAGAGUGAUUUACUAUCGAGGUUAUCUAUCUGCCAUGCUGGACGCUGUUGAAGAUGGUGUGAACAUCAUUGGAUAUGGUGCCUGGAGUCACAUGGAUAACUAUGAAUGGUCAGAAGGCUACACGGGACGUUAUGGUCUAUAUCAAAUAGAUUUCAACGAUACAUCCCGUACCCGCACUCCUCGCAAGUCAGCGUACGUCUACAAGGAGAUCAUCCGCACGAGAUCUUUGGAUAUGAGCUACGAACCUGACAUGUCGAAAUCUUUGUCUUUAAAUUAAAUAUAAUAUAAAGUGUUGACUAAUUUA